GGCGGGGGCGUGGACAGAGUGGUGGCGGGUGGGGGGUUCCGCCGCGAUGGCGGCGGUGGCGACGGCGGAGGAGGAGGAGUACGAGGCGGUGCUGUGCGUGAAGCCGGUGGUGCACGUUUACCGCGUGCCGCCGCGGGCCUCUAACCGCGGCUACAGAGCCGCAGAGUGGCAGCUGGACCAGCCGGCAUGGAGCGGCCGCCUGCGCAUCACAGCCAAGGGCAAGGUCGCCUUCAUUAAGCUGGAGGACAAGACCUCGGGAGAACUUUUUGCCCAGGCGCCGGUGGAGCAGUUCCCCAGCAUCGCUGUGGAGAGCGUGACGGACUCCAGCAGGUACUUCGUCAUUCGGAUCGAAGACGGGAACGGCCGCCGAGCGUUCAUCGGAGUUGGCUUUGUUGACCGCGGGGAUGCCUUUGACUUCAACGUGGCCCUCCAGGACCAUUUUAAGUGGGUGAGGCAGCAGAGCGAGCUGGCUAGGCAGGCCGAGAAUCCCGAUCAGGGACCCAAGCUGGACCUGGGCUUCAAGGAGGGGCAAACCAUCAAGCUCAACAUUGCGAACAUGAAGAAAAAAGAAGGAGCACCAGGGAACACCAGACCGCGUCCCGUGAGUGCUGGGGGCCUGAGCUUGCUUCCACCACCUCCCGGAGGAAAACCCGCUCCGGUUUGUCCUCCCGGAGAGCGGCCGUCUUCGGUCUCCACUCCCACCCAGCUCCCAGGCACCCCUAUCACAGACUCCCUCUUGUUGUGGCCGCAGCCUGACGCUCCCUCUGCCCCCGCCGAUACCUGGGGAGACUUUGCUAAAGCUUCGGGGUCCUCUUCUAACCAGCCUCAGACAAACAUGGGCUGGGUUCAAUUCUGACCUCAUCCGCUCUUCCCUACGUGGGUGCUGGGAUUGUUGCAACGCCUUCGGGACCAAAGCAGGGGCUUCAGGAAACUCCGCUCCUGCCCUUCAACCCCUUUCCCACCUCCAAAUGCUGAAAUAAGUACUGCAGAGCAAACACACUCGUGCCUUAAAACACUCCGCACCAGUGCCUUCCUUGUCAGGGGCCUUUUCUUUUUCACCUGGAUUGCAGCAAAUCUUGUUUCUCCAUUAAAAAAAGCCAUGGCUUCAUCACCUCUCCUGAAUAACGAGAGGGCGAGCGCAUGCUCGGUGCAGGAGGACUCUCGCUCGUCACUCUGCCCCAAUUAGAAUGAUUUUCGGUACAGGUUUAUACGAUCGAGCCUCCUUGGAGUCUUCUCCACUUUCUUCUCGUGUAUUUGGGCUGGAUAAAUCCUCCCUGCGGAGGGGAGCAGCCUCUUGGAGACACCUCCCCUGUGGGGAACAGCCUCCUGGGGAUGCCUCGGCUGCAAAAUCCAUCUGAACGUGCUGCCGAGAUGCAGGAGGGGAGCCGGAUGCUAAAGUUCCUCAUUUCUUGCUACAGGAAGGCUUUUUUUCCCCCCUAUAUUUUUACUUCAUUCUGCAGACACUUCAUUAAGUGGUUUCUGCAGCGAAGGACAGGAUGGAGUUGGUCUCUUUGACAGAGCUGGGCUUGAGAUUCUUCUUUAAAUAAAUAUUUUCUUACCUAUU